CGAGGAGUGCGACGCGGAUCCAUCAUUUGAGUUUUAUUCUAUAUAUCUGAUUUAUUUUAUCCACCAUCCCGUGCAACAUCCACUAUAGCCACUAUAACCACCCGUGUGUAGUGUGUGUGUGUGUGUGUGUGUGGGCUUGGGCCUGGGCCUGGGUUGAUAAUACUUAGUAAUUCUCGCUGCCCGACUCGCCAAGGGGCUGUCUCCGUUCAGUUGAGCGCUGGACGAGCAGCAAGUAACAUCCGGUCCACCGAUCCGAUCCCGAUCCCGGUCCGACACCGACUUGAACCGAGUGCAGCGCGCAUGGAUAGCUGAUAGAUCUCUUAAAAGAUCCCUCGUGUACUUGGGUGUAGAGUGCGUGAUCCGGUCGUUGUUGUUGUUGUUGUUGUUUUUUUUUCGUUUCGUUUUUUUUUGCUGGUGAACAAGCUGCAAAGAGCAGGGAGCGAUAAGGAUCAGGAUUCGAGAACCGAACGCCGAAGUGUAAUGGAAGUGUUGAAGAAGGACGCCGCUUUGGGCUCGCCCAGCAGCGUCUUUUACUUCCUGCUGCUGCCCACGCUGGUGCUGUGGUACAUCUACUGGCGCCUGUCCCGGGCCCAUCUCUACAGGCUGGCCGGAAGGCUGCCGGGACCCAGGGGCCUGCCCAUUGUGGGUCAUCUGUUUGAUGUGAUUGGACCGGCCUCAUCCGUUUUCAAGACAGUCAUCCGGAAGAGCGCUCCCUUCGAGCACAUAGCCAAAAUGUGGAUCGGCCCCAAGCUGGUGGUCUUCAUCUACGAUCCCAGGGAUGUGGAGCUGCUGCUUAGCAGCCACGUCUACAUUGACAAGGCCUCCGAAUACAAGUUCUUCAAGCCCUGGCUGGGCGACGGCCUCCUAAUCAGCACAGGUCAGAAGUGGCGAUCGCAUCGCAAACUCAUCGCACCCACAUUCCAUCUGAACGUCUUGAAGAGCUUCAUCGAGCUCUUCAACGAGAACUCGAAAAAUGUGGUGCGGAAGCUGCGUGCGGAGGAUGGUCGCACGUUUGAUUGCCAUGAUUACAUGAGCGAGGCAACCGUGGAGAUUCUAUUGGAGACCGCGAUGGGCGUGUCGAAGAAAACGCAGGACAAGUCCGGCUUCGAGUAUGCCAUGGCCGUGAUGCGGAUGUGCGAUAUCCUCCAUGCCCGCCAUCGCAGCUUCUUUCUGCGCAACGAGUUCGUGUUCACCUUGACCCGGUACUACAAGGAGCAGGGGCGCCUGCUCAACAUCAUCCACGGACUGACCACCAAGGUGAUACGGAGCAAGAAGGCGGCCUUUGAGCAGGGCACGCGGGGCUCGCUGGCCCAGUGUGAGCUAAAGGCGGCCGCUUUGGAGAGGGAACGUGAGGAGCAGGAGAAGGCGGUGAGUGCGCCGAGUCCCGCCAGCGAGGACAAGACCUCCAACUCCACCCCGACCACGACCACAAGCACAGGCACCAUCUCAGGCACAGGCACGCCCGUGGCAGGACUUUCCUACGGCCAGUCCGCCGGACUCAAGGACGAUCUGGAUGUGGAGGACAACGAUAUUGGGGAGAAGAAGCGUCUGGCCUUUUUGGACCUAAUGCUCGAGAGUGCCCAGAACGGCGCCCUCAUAACGGACACGGAGAUCAAGGAGCAAGUGGACACCAUUAUGUUCGAGGGUCAUGACACCACCGCUGCCGGCUCCUCGUUCUUCCUCUCGCUGAUGGGCAUACACCAGGGUAUCCAGGAUCGAGUGCUCGCCGAGCUGGACUCUAUUUUUGGGGACUCACAGCGACCGGCCACGUUUCAGGAUACCCUGGAGAUGAAGUACCUGGAACGGUGCCUGAUGGAGACCCUGCGCAUGUACCCGCCCGUCCCGUUGAUCGCCCGCGAGCUGCAGGAGGACCUCAAGCUAAACUCUGGCAACUACGUGAUCCCCAGGGGCGCCACGGUGACAGUGGCCACCGUCCUUCUGCACCGCAAUCCCAAAGUCUACGCUAAUCCCAAUGUCUUUGACCCGGACAACUUUCUUCCGGAGCGGCAGGCCAACCGUCACUACUACGCCUUUGUGCCCUUCUCCGCGGGACCACGCAGCUGUGUGGGCCGCAAAUACGCGAUGCUCAAGCUAAAGAUCCUUCUGUCGACCAUUUUGCGGAACUACCGUGUCUACUCGGACCUGAGCGAAUCGGACUUUAAGCUGCAGGCGGAUAUUAUCCUGAAGCGGGAGGAGGGUUUCCGCAUCCGGCUGCAGCCGAGGACCAGAUGAACUAGGACAUAGUGGAUCAACGGACACACAGCACACCGUACACAAUAAGCAACACAGAACGGACACUUAUCCAUACAUAUAUCUCUCUACUUGUUGGCAAGUGAUAGUCACCGGUUUAUACAGUAAAUAUUAAUUAUAAUAAAUAAUAAACGUGCUCCAACACUCGAUUUAUUGAAUAGUAAUAAUAAUUAUGUUUUUUCGCAUUUAACACGAAAAAUAACAGCAAAAAUUAUCAUCAUCUUCCUUUAAUCGU